GCCAGCCGCCGCUGCUGCCUUGAUGGGCUCCGCGGCCCGAGCGCCUCUUUUCGGGAUUAAAAGCGCCGCCAGCUCCCGCCGCCGCCGCCGCCGCCAGCAGCGCCGCUGCAGCCGCCGCCGCCGGAGAAGCAACCGCGUCCGAUCCGUACUGGGUGCAAUGAAAGCUCCACGCAGGCCUUACCAUGGAAGGCUGUGACUCGCCUGUCGUCUCGGGGAAGGACAAUGGGUGCAGUAUCCCUCAGCACCAGCAAUGGACUGAACUCAACAGCACCCACCUCCCCGACAAACCCAGUAGCAUGGAGCAGUCCACAAGCGAGAACCACGGGCCCCUGGACGGCCUGAGGGCCCCCUUCAAUGAGCGCCUCGCGGAGAGCACCGCCCCGGCCGGGCCCGCUGCCGAGCCCGCCGGCAAGGAGGUCAGCUGCAACGAGUGCCUGGCCUCCUUCGCCAGCCUCCAGACCUACAUGGAGCAUCACUGCCCCGGCGCGCGCCCCCCGCCGCCCCUGAGGGAGGAGAGCGGGAGCGACAGCAGUGAGGAGGGGGACGAGGAGAGUGACGUGGAGAACCUGGCCGGGGAGAUCGUGUACCAGCCGGACGGCUCGGCGUACAUCGUCGAGAGCCUGAGCCAGCUGACCCCGGGCGGGGGCGUGGGUGCGGGUGGCAGUGGGCCCCUCCCGUCGCUCUUCCUGAACUCUCUCCCCGCCUCGGCGGGCAAGCCGGGGGACCCUUCCUGCGCUGCGCCCGUCUACCCACAGAUCAUCAACACUUUCCACAUAGCCUCAUCCUUCGGGAAAUGGUUUGAGGGCCCAGACCAGGCUUUCCCGAAUACCUCAGCCCUGACGGGGCUCAGCCCCGUCCUGCACAGCUUCCGCGUGUUUGACGUGCGACACAAAAGCAACAAGGAUUAUCUGAACAGUGACGGCUCUGCCAAGAGCUCCUGCGUAUCCAAAGAUGUUCCCAACAAUGUGGACCUGUCCAGAUUCGAUGGCUUCGUGCUCUAUGGCAAGAGGAAGCCCAUCCUGAUGUGUUUCUUGUGCAAACUCUCCUUCGGGUACGUCCGUUCGUUUGUGACCCAUGCGGUGCACGACCAUCGAAUGACCCUGAGUGAAGAUGAGCGGAAACUUCUUAGCAACAAGAACAUCUCCGCUAUCAUCCAAGGGAUCGGCAAAGACAAGGAACCCCUUGUAAGUUUUCUGGAACCAAAAAACAAAAACUUUCAACUCCCUUUAGUUUCCACCGCUAACCUCAUAGGCCCCGGACACAGUUUUUAUGGUAAAUUUAGUGGCAUUCGAAUGGAAGGGGAGGAGGCUCUCCCAGCCGGCCCUGCCGCCGGCCCCGAGCAGCCCCAGGCUGGUAUCUUGACCCCCGGCGCCCUCUUGAACCUUGGCGGGCUCACCAGCUCGGUCCUGAAGACCCCCAUUACCUCAGUCCCCCUGGGGCCUCUGGCCUCCAGUCCUACCAAAUCCUCAGAGGGCAAGGACUCUGGGGCAGCAGAAGGAGAGAAGCAAGAAGUGGGCGAUCCGGAUUGCUUCUCCGAGAAGGCGGAGCCGGCCGAGGAGGAGGCCGAAGAGGAGGAGGACGAGGACGAGGAGGAGGUGGAGGACGAGGACGAGGACGAGGAUGACGAGGACGACGAGGAUGAGGGCUGCAAAGGGCUCUUUCCAAGCGAGUUGGACGAGGAGCUGGAGGACAGGCCCCCCGGGGAGUCUGGGGCCGCAGCAGGUAGUGGCAGCAAAAAGGACCUUGCUCUCUCAAACCAAAGCAUUUCUAACUCCCCCUUAAUGCCUACUGUGCUCCAGACCCUGUCGAGGGGCGCAGCUUCUACUAGUUCUAAUUCCGCUUCUUCCUUUGUUGUCUUUGAUGGUGCGAACAGGAGGAAUCGUUUAAGCUUUAACGGUGAGGGCGUCAGGGCCAACGUGGCAGAGGGCGGCAGGAGGCUGGACUUUGCUGAUGAAAGUGCCAAUAAAGACAAUGCCACAGCACCAGAACCAAAUGAAAGCACAGAGGGGGACGAUGGGGGCUUCGUCCCCCAUCACCAGCAUGCUGGCUCCCUCUGCGAGCUUGGGGUGGGGGAGUGCCCCUCGGGGAGUGGCGUGGAGUGCCCCAAAUGCGACACGGUCCUGGGUUCCUCCCGCUCGCUGGGCGGCCACAUGACUAUGAUGCAUUCUCGCAACUCGUGCAAGACACUCAAGUGCCCCAAGUGCAACUGGCACUACAAGUACCAGCAGACGCUGGAGGCGCACAUGAAGGAGAAGCACCCGGAGCCGGGGGGCUCCUGCGUCUACUGCAAGAGCGGGCAGCCCCACCCUCGGCUGGCCCGAGGCGAGAGCUACACGUGUGGUUACAAGCCUUUCCGCUGUGAGGUGUGUAACUACUCCACAACUACCAAAGGCAACCUCAGCAUUCACAUGCAGUCCGACAAGCAUCUCAACAACAUGCAGAACCUGCAGAACGGAGGGGGCGAGCAGGUCUUCAGCCACACGGCUGGGGCGGCGGCGGCGGCUGCCGCGGCGGCGGCCGCCGCGGCCAGCAUCGGCAGCUCCUGUGGGGCCCCCUCGCCCACCAAACCAAAAACCAAACCCACCUGGCGGUGCGAGGUGUGCGACUACGAGACCAACGUGGCCAGGAACCUCCGCAUCCACAUGACGAGCGAGAAGCACAUGCACAACAUGAUGCUGCUGCAGCAGAACAUGACCCAGAUCCAGCACAGCCGCCACCUGGGCCUCGGCAGCCUGCCCUCGCCCGCCGAGGCCGAGCUCUACCAGUACUACCUGGCCCAGAACAUGAGCCUGCCCAACCUGAAGGUGGACAGCGCCGCCCCCGACGCCCAGUUCGUGAUGGGCGGAUUCCAGUUGGACCCCGCCGGGCCCAUGGCCGCCGUGACGCCCGCUCUAGUGGGCGGUGAGAUCCCCCUAGACAUGCGGCUCGGGGGCGGGCAGCUGGUGUCAGAGGAGCUGAUGAACUUGGGCGAGAGCUUCAUCCAGACCAACGACCCGUCGCUGAAGCUCUUCCAGUGUGCCGUCUGCAACAAGUUCACCACGGACACCCUGGACCUGCUGGGGCUGCACAUGAACGUGGAGCGCAGCCUCCCUGAGGACGAGUGGAAGGCCGUGAUGGGGGACUCGUACCAGUGCAAGCUCUGCCGCUACAACACCCAGCUCAAGGCCAACUUCCAGCUGCACUGCAAGACAGACAAGCACGUGCAGAAGUACCAGCUGGUGGCCCACAUCAAGGAGGGCGGCAAAGCCAACGAGUGGCGGCUCAAGUGCGUGGCCAUCGGCAACCCUGUCCACCUCAAGUGCAACGCCUGCGACUAUUACACCAAUAGCUUGGAGAAGCUGCGGCUGCACACGGUCAACUCCAGGCACGAGGCCAGCCUGAAGCUGUACAAGCACCUGCAGCAGCACGAGAGCGGCGUGGAGGGCGAGAGCUGCUACUACCACUGCGUCCUGUGCAACUACUCCACCAAGGCCAAGCUCAACCUCAUCCAGCACGUGCGCUCCAUGAAGCAUCAGCGCAGCGAGAGCCUGCGCAAGCUGCAGCGGCUGCAGAAGGGCCUUCCGGAGGAGGAUGAAGACCUGGGGCAGAUCUUCACCAUCCGUAGGUGCCCCUCCACCGACCCCGAAGAAGCCAUUGAAGAUGUUGAAGGGCCCGGUGAAGCGGCUGCUGAUCCCGAGGAGCUUGCUAAAGACCAGGAGAGUGGAGGCGAGAAGGACCAGAGCAAGUGGACAGCAUCAUCAAGCCAAGCAGAGAAGGAGCUGACAGAUUCUCCUGCAACCUCCAAACGCAUCUCCUUCCCAGGUAGCUCAGAGUCUCCUCUCUCUUCAAAGCGACCAAAAACAUCAGAGGAGACCAAACCGGAGCAGAUGUACCAGUGUCCCUACUGCAAGUACAGCAACGCCGAUGUCAACCGGCUGCGGGUGCACGCCAUGACGCAGCACUCGGUGCAGCCCAUGCUCCGCUGCCCCCUGUGCCAGGACAUGCUCAACAACAAGAUCCACCUCCAGCUGCACCUCACCCACCUCCACAGCGUGGCGCCCGACUGCGUGGAGAAGCUCAUCAUGACGGUGACUACCCCUGAGAUGGUGAUGCCCAGCAGCCUGUUCCUCCCAGCGGCUGUUCCAGAUCGGGACGGGAACUCCAGUUUGGAGGAGGCAGGAAAGCAGCCUGAAACCUCAGAUGAUCUGGGAAAGAACAUCUUGCCCUCUGCCAGCACAGAACACAGUGGAGAUGUGAAACCCUCUCCCGCUGACCCAGGCUCUGUGAGAGAAGAUUCAGGCUUCCUGUGCUGGAAGAAGGGGUGCAACCAGGUUUUCAAAACUUCCGCCACUCUCCAGACGCACUUCAACGAGGUUCACGCCAAGAGGCCUCAGCUGCCCGUGUCGGAUCGCCACGUGUACAAGUACCGCUGCAACCAGUGCAGCCUAGCUUUCAAGACCGUGGAAAAGCUGCAGCUCCACUCUCAGUACCACGUGAUCAGAGCUGCCACCAUGUGCUGUCUCUGUCAGCGCAGUUUCCGAACUUUCCAGGCUCUGAAAAAACACCUCGAGACGAGCCACCUGGAGUUGAGUGAGGCCGACAUCCAACAGCUUUAUGGUGGCCUUCUGGCCAAUGGAGACCUCCUGGCAAUGGGAGACCCCACCCUGGCCGAGGACCAUACCAUAAUCGUUGAGGAAGACAAGGAAGAAGAGAGUGACUUGGAGGAUAAACAGAGCCCGACGGGCAGUGACUCUGGGUCGGUACAAGAAGACUCGGGCUCAGAGCCAAAGAGAGCUCUCCCUUUCAGAAAAGGCCCCAACUUCACCAUGGAAAAAUUUCUAGACCCUUCUCGCCCUUACAAGUGUACCGUCUGCAAGGAAUCUUUCACUCAGAAGAACAUCCUGCUAGUGCACUACAAUUCUGUCUCCCACCUGCAUAAGUUGAAGAGAGCCCUUCAAGAAUCGGCAGCUGGUCAGCCAGAACCCACCAGCAGCCCUGACAACAAACCUUUCAAGUGUAACACUUGUAACGUGGCCUAUAGCCAGAGUUCCACGCUGGAGAUCCAUAUGAGGUCUGUGUUGCAUCAAACCAAGGCCCGGGCAGCCAAGCUGGAGGCUGCAAGUGGCAGCAGCAAUGGCACCGGGAACAGCAGCAGUGUCUCCCUGAGCUCCUCCACCCCAAGUCCUGUGAGCACCAGUGGCAGUAACACCUUUACCACCACCAAUCCGAGCAGUGCUGGCACUGCUCCAAGCUCCAGCUUACUGAGCCAAGUGUCCGCUGAAAGUGCAGGCAUGCCACCCCUGGGGAACCCCAGCGGUGCCAACACUGCUUCCCCUUCAGAGCCCAAGGAAGCCAAUCGGAAGAAGCUGGCAGAUAUGAUCACAUCCAGGCAGCAGCAGCAGCAAGCACAGACCCUGGCCCAGGCCCAGGCCCAAGUUCAAGCUCACCUGCAGCAGGAGCUGCAGCAGCAGGCGGCCCUGAUCCAGUCCCAGCUGUUUAGCCCCACCCUCCUUCCUCACUUCCCCAUGGCCACGGAGACCCUGCUGCAGCUGCAGCAGCAGCAGCAUCUCCUCUUCCCCUUCUACAUCCCCAGCGCCGAGUUCCAGCUCAGCCCCGAGGUGAGCCUGCCAGUGACGAGCGGGGCGCUGACGCUGACGGGGGCGGGCCCAGGCUUGCUGGAAGAGCUGAAGGCUCAGGUUCAGGUCCCGCAGCAGGGCCAUCAGCAGGUCCUGCAGCAGCAGAGCCAGCUCUCUCUGCCCCAGAGUCACUCUGCACUCCUACAGCCCAGCCAGCACAUCGAGAAGAAAAACAAAUUGGUCAUCAAAGAAAAGGAAAAAGAAAGCCAGAGAGAGAGGGACGGUGCCGAGGGGGGAGAGGGCAACUCGGGACCAAAGGAAUCACUUCCCGAUGCCUUGAAGGCCAAAGAGAAGAAAGAAUUGGCCCCAGGGGGUAGUUGUGAGCCUUCCAUGCUCCCUCCACGCAUCGCCUCGGACGCCAGAGGGAACGCCACCAAGGCCUUGCUGGAGAACUUCGGCUUUGAGCUGGUCAUUCAGUACAACGAGAACAAGCAGAAGGUACAGAAGAAGAACGGGAAGACCGAGCAGGGGGAGAAUCCGGAAAAGCUCGAGUGCGACUCCUGUGGCAAGUUGUUCUCGAACAUCUUGAUUUUAAAGAGUCAUCAAGAGCAUGUUCACCAGAAUUACUUUCCCUUUAAACAGCUGGAGAGAUUUGCCAAACAGUACCGAGAGCACUACGACAAGCUGUACCCCUUGAGGCCUCAGACCCCCGAGCCGCCGCCUCCGCCCCCACCCCCGCCGCCGCCCCCGCUUCCGGCAGCGCCGCCCCCGCCGGCCUCCACCCCAGCCAUCCCCGUGUCAGCGCCACCCAUCACCUCGCCCACGAUUGCACCGGCCCAGCCAUCCGUGCCGCUGACCCAGCUCUCCAUGCCCAUGGAGCUGCCCAUCUUCUCACCACUGAUGAUGCAGACGAUGCCGCUGCAGACCCUGCCGGCCCAGCUGCCCCCUCAGCUUGGACCUGUGGAGCCUCUGCCUGCGGACCUGGCCCAGCUCUACCAGCAUCAGCUCAAUCCAAGUCUCCUCCAGCAACAGAACAAGAGGCCUCGCACUAGGAUCACCGAUGACCAGCUCCGAGUCCUGCGGCAGUAUUUUGACAUUAACAACUCCCCCAGUGAAGAGCAGAUCAAAGAGAUGGCAGACAAGUCUGGGCUGCCCCAGAAAGUGAUCAAGCACUGGUUCAGAAACACUCUCUUCAAAGAGCGGCAGCGUAACAAGGACUCCCCUUACAACUUCAGCAAUCCUCCUAUCACCAGCCUGGAGGAGCUCAAGAUCGACUCUCGGCCCCCUUCACCAGAACCUCAGAAGCAGGAGUACUGGGGGAGCAAGAGGUCUUCAAGAACAAGAUUUACUGACUACCAGCUGAGGGUCCUGCAGGACUUCUUUGAUGCCAACGCUUACCCCAAGGACGAUGAAUUUGAGCAACUCUCUAAUUUACUGAACCUUCCAACCCGAGUCAUAGUGGUCUGGUUUCAAAACGCCCGACAGAAGGCCAGGAAAAAUUACGAGAAUCAGGGAGAGGGCAAAGAUGGAGAGCGGCGGGAACUUACAAAUGAUAGGUAUAUUCGAACGAGCAACUUGAACUACCAGUGCAAAAAAUGCAGCCUGGUGUUUCAGCGCAUCUUUGAUCUCAUCAAGCACCAGAAGAAGCUGUGUUACAAGGAUGAGGACGAGGAGGGGCAGGAUGACAGCCAAAACGAGGAUUCCAUGGACGCCAUGGAAAUCCUGACGCCCACCAGCUCCUCGUGCAGCACCCCGAUGCCCUCCCAGGCUUACAGCACCCCGGCACCAACGGCCAGUACAGCUUCCGCUGCUUUCUUGCAGCUUACAUCAGAGGCUGACGAACUGGCCACCUUCAGUUCAAAACCAGAGGCGAGUGAUGAGAAACCAAAGCAGGCUGAACCUCCCAGUGCACAGCCAAACCAGACCCAAGAAAAGCAAGGACAACCAAAGGCGGAGCUGCAGCAGCAAGACCAGCCCGAGCAGAAGACAAAUGCAGCCCAGCAAAAGCUCCCGCAGCUGACGUCCCCCGCUUCGUUGCCCCAGCCUCCUCCACAAGUGCCCCCCCCUCAGUGCCCCUUGGCCCAGUCGAGCCCCAGUCCCUCCCAGCUCUCCCACCUGCCCCUUAAGCCCCUCCACACGUCAACUCCUCAGCAGCUGGCCAACCUACCUCCGCAGCUAAUCCCCUACCAGUGUGAGCAGUGCAAGCUGGCGUUCCCGUCGUUUGAGCACUGGCAGGAGCACCAGCAGCUCCACUUUCUGAGCGCACAGAACCAGUUCAUCCACCCCCAGUUUUUGGACAGGUCACUGGAUAUGCCUUUCAUGCUGUUUGACCCGAGUAACCCACUGCUGGCAAGCCAGCUGCUCUCUGGGGCCAUACCUCAGAUUCCGGCAAGCUCGGCCACUUCCCCUUCAACUCCCACCUCCACGAUGAACACUCUCAAGAGGAAGCUGGAGGAAAAGGCCAGUGCCAGCCCUGGAGAAAACGACAGUGGGACGGGAGGAGAAGAACCUCAGAGAGACAAGCGUUUGAGGACAACUAUUACACCAGAACAGCUAGAAAUUCUCUACCAAAAGUAUCUCUUGGACUCCAAUCCAACUCGAAAGAUGUUGGAUCACAUUGCGCAUGAGGUGGGUCUGAAGAAACGUGUGGUACAAGUCUGGUUUCAGAACACCCGAGCCCGGGAAAGGAAAGGACAGUUCAGGGCUGUGGGCCCAGCGCAGGCCCACAGGAGAUGCCCUUUUUGCAGAGCGCUCUUCAAAGCCAAGACUGCCCUGGAGGCUCAUAUCCGGUCCCGUCAUUGGCAUGAAGCCAAGAGAGCUGGCUACAACCUAACUCUGUCUGCAAUGCUCUUAGACUGCGAUGGGGGACUCCAGAUGAAAGGAGAUAUUUUUGAUGGAACUAGCUUUUCCCACCUACCCCCAAGCAGUAGUGAUGGCCAAGGUGUUCCCCUCUCACCUGUGAGCAAAACCAUGGAGUUGUCUCCUAGAACUCUUCUUAGCCCUUCUUCCAUCAAGGUGGAAGGGAUUGAAGACUUUGAAAGCCCUUCCAUGUCUUCAGUUAAUCUAAACUUUGACCAAACUAAGCUGGACAACGACGACUGUUCCUCAGUCAACACAGCGAUCACAGAUACCACUACUGGAGACGAGGGCAAUGCGGAUAACGACAGUGCGACGGGAAUAGCAACUGAAACCAAAUCCUCUUCCGCGCCCAGUGAAGGGUUGACCAAAGCGGCCAUGAUGGCAAUGUCCGAGUAUGAAGAUCGGUUGUCAUCCGGUCUGGUCAGCCCAGCCCCGAGCUUUUACAGCAAGGAAUAUGACAAUGAAGGUACAGUGGACUACAGUGAAACCUCGAGCCUUGCAGACCCCUGCUCCCCAAGCCCUGGUGCAAGUGGGUCAGCAGGCAAAUCUGGAGACAGUGGGGAUAGGCCCGGGCAGAAACGUUUUCGCACUCAGAUGACCAAUCUGCAGCUGAAGGUCCUCAAGUCAUGCUUUAAUGACUACAGGACACCCACCAUGCUAGAGUGUGAAGUCCUGGGCAAUGACAUUGGACUGCCAAAGAGAGUGGUUCAGGUCUGGUUCCAGAAUGCCCGGGCAAAAGAAAAGAAGUCCAAGUUAAGCAUGGCCAAGCAUUUUGGUAUAAACCAAACAAGUUACGAGGGACCCAAAACAGAGUGCACUUUGUGUGGCAUCAAGUACAGCGCUCGGCUGUCUGUACGUGACCAUAUCUUUUCCCAACAGCAUAUCUCCAAAGUUAAAGACACCAUUGGAAGCCAGCUGGACAAGGAGAAAGAAUACUUUGACCCAGCCACUGUACGUCAGUUGAUGGCUCAACAAGAGUUGGACCGGAUUAAAAAGGCCAAUGAGGUCCUCGGACUGGCAGCUCAGCAGCAAGGGAUGUUUGACAACGCCCCUCUUCAGGCUCUCAACCUUCCUACGGCAUAUCCGGCAAUCCAGGGCAUUCCUCCCGUGUUGCUCCCCGGCCUCAACAGCCCCUCCUUGCCAGGCUUUACUCCAUCCAACACAGCUUUAACAUCUCCUAAACCGAACUUGAUGGGUCUGCCCAGCACAACAGUUCCUUCCCCCGGCCUCCCCACGUCUGGAUUACCAAAUAAACCACCCUCAGCGUCGCUGAGCUCCCCCACGCCAGCACAGGCCCCCGCAGCGACGGCCCCUCUGCCAAGUCCCCAACCGCAGCCGCCGCAGGCGCAGCCGCCGCCGCCGCCAGCAGCCCAGCCGCCACCCGCGCCGCAGCUCCCGCCGCAGCAGCAGCAACAGCAACGCAAGGACAGAGAUGGUGAGAAGGGAAAGGAGAAGGAAAAGGCACACAAAGGGAAAGGGGAACCCCUGCCCGUCCCCAAGAAGGAGAAAGGAGAGGCCCCCACGGCAGCCGCAGCCACGAUCUCAGCACCGCUGCCCGCCAUGGAGUAUGCAGUGGACCCUGCGCAGCUGCAGGCCCUGCAGGCAGCCUUGACUUCGGACCCCACAGCGUUGCUCACGAGCCAGUUCCUCCCUUACUUUGUACCAGGCUUCUCUCCUUAUUACGCCCCCCAGAUCCCCGGCGCCCUGCAGAGCGGGUACCUGCAGCCUAUGUACGGCAUGGAAGGCCUGUUCCCCUACAGCCCUGCGCUGUCGCAGGCCCUGAUGGGGCUGUCCCCGGGCUCCCUGCUGCAGCAGUACCAGCAAUACCAGCAGAGUCUGCAGGAGGCCAUCCAGCAGCAGCGGCAGCUGCAGCAGCAGCAGCAAAAAGUGCAGCAGCAGCCCAAAGCAAGCCAAACCCCAGUCCCCCAGGGGGCUGCUUCCCCAGACAAAGACCCUGCCAAAGAAUCCCCCAGACCAGAAGAGCAGAAAAACGCACCCCGUGAGGUGUCCCCCCUCCUGCCGAAACCCCCCGAAGAGCCAGAAGCAGAAAGCAAAAGUGCGGACUCCCUCUACGACCCCUUCAUUGUUCCAAAGGUGCAGUACAAGUUGGUCUGCCGCAAGUGCCAGGCGGGCUUCAGUGACGAGGAGGCGGCGAGGAGCCACCUGAAGUCCCUCUGCUUCUUCGGCCAGUCUGUGGUGAACCUGCAAGAGAUGGUGCUUCACGUCCCCACGGGCGGCGGCGGCGGCGGCGGUGGCGGCGGCGGCUCGUACCACUGCCUGGCGUGCGAGAGCGCGCUCUGUGGGGAGGAAGCUCUGAGUCAACAUCUCGAGUCGGCCUUGCACAAACACAGAACAAUCACGAGAGCAGCAAGAAACGCCAAAGAGCACCCUAGUUUAUUACCUCACUCUGCCUGCUUCCCCGAUCCUAGCACCGCAUCUACCUCGCAGUCUGCCGCUCACUCAAACGACAGCCCCCCUCCCCUGUCGGCCGCCGCCCCCUCCUCGUCCUCCGCUUCCCCCCACGCCUCCAGGAAGUCUUGGCCGCAAGUGGUCUCCCGGGCUUCGGCCGCGAAGCCCCCUUCUUUUCCUCCUCUCUCCUCAUCUUCAACGGUUACCUCAAGUUCAUGCAGCACCUCAGGGGUUCAGCCCUCGAUGCCAACAGACGACUAUUCGGAGGAGUCUGACACGGAUCUCAGCCAAAAGUCCGACGGACCGGCGAGCCCGGUGGAGGGUCCCAAAGACCCCAGCUGCCCCAAGGACAGUGGUCUGACCAGUGUAGGAACGGACACCUUCAGAUUGUAAGCUUUGAAGAUGAACAAUACAAACAAAUGAAUUUAAAUAAAAAAAUUAAUAACAAACCAAUUUCAAAAAUAGACUAACUGCAAUUCCAAAGCUUCUAACCAAAAAAAAAAAAAAAAAAAAAGGAAAAAAAAAAGGAAGAAAAA